AUGGCUGCUAUCAAUACGGGUGAAGACAUUGUUGCUCUUUGUCAAUCGGACGAUCCUCAACACCCAGCAAACCUCAUUCCAGAACUUUGUCGUCUGUUUUAUACCUUGGGUUGGGUCACAGGCACUGGAGGUGGCAUUAGUAUUCGUGAUGGCGAAAAGAUCUAUAUUGCACCUUCAGGUGUCCAAAAGGAACGUAUGGAACCACACCAUUUAUUUGUUAUGACACUGGCCGACCGUACACUUUUGCGUGAACCCCGUUCGCUCAAGCCAUCGGCAUGUACACCUUUGUUUUACAACGCUUACACGAUGCGAGAUGCUGGUGCAUGUAUCCAUACCCACUCACAAAACGCUGUCAUGGCAACCUUGCUGUAUCCUGGAUCCACCUUUGAAAUCUCACAUCAAGAAAUGAUCAAGGGUAUCCGUCGUGGCUCUACCAAGACCAAUCUUCGCUACUUUGAUAAGCUUGUAGUGCCCAUCGUUGAAAACACGCCCGAGGAAGAGGAUCUUACGGAUCGCAUGGCAGAGGCAAUGAAGGCACAUCCUGAAACCAAUGCUGUGCUUGUGCGUCGUCAUGGUGUUUAUGUAUGGGGAGAAUCCUGGGAGAAGGCCAAGACCAUGACCGAGUGCUACGAUUACCUCUUUGAGAUUGCAGUCAAGAUGAAAUCCAUCGGCAUUGAUCCAGCUGUUAAACCUGCUAGUGAACCUGACUAUGAAUAG